AUGGCAGAAGUAGCAGAUGAUGUAUCAGUUGAUGAAACGACUGACGAUGAACUUGAUGGAUCAACUGAAGUAGAAACAGCAGCAGACGAGACGGGUGGGUCAACUACAGAAGAGGCAGAUGACACAUCAGUUGAAGAAACGACUGACGAUGAACUUGAUGGAUCAACUGAAGUAGAAACAGCAGCAGACGAGACGGGUGGGUCAAUUACAGAAGAGGCAGAUGACACAUCAGUUGAAGAAACGACUGACGAUGAACUUGAUGGAUCAACUGAAGUAGAAACAGCAGCAGACGAGACGGGUGGGUCAACUACAGAAGAGGCAGAUGACACAUCAGUUGAAGAAACGACUGACGAUGAACUUGAUGGAUCAACUGAAGUAGAAACAGCAGCAGACGAGACGGGUGGGUCAACUACAGAAGAGGCAGAUGACACAUCAGUUGAAGAAACGACUGACGAUGAACUUGAUGGAUCAACUGAACUAGAAACAGCAGCAGACGAGACGGGUGGGUCAACUACAGAAGAGGCAGAUGACACGUCAGUUGAAGAAACGACUGACGAUGAACUUGAUGGAUCAACUGAAGUAGAAACAGCAGCAGACGAGACGGGUGGGUCAAUUACAGAAGAGGCAGAUGACACAUCAGUUGAAGAAACGACUGACGAUGAACUUGAUGGAUCAACUGAACUAGAAACAGCAGCAGACGAGACGGGUGGGUCAGCUACAGAAGAGGCAGAUGACACAUCAGUUGAAGAAACGACUGAUAUUGAACUUGAUACAUCAGCUGAGGAAACAAAAGAUGUGACGACAGCAGAUGAAGCAACCAAUGAAGCGCCAGAAGUGGCGGAUGGAUCAGCUGAAGAAGCAGCUGACGACACGAGUGGAUCGACAACCGAAGAAGAUGCAUCGACGACUGUAGUGCUGGUGAGGAUAUCAGUUGAAGAAGCGACCGAUGAGGUGGCUGAUGGUUCAGCGGAAGAAGCAGCAGAUGAAACGAGUGGGUCGACAACAGAAGAAGAUGAAUCGACAGCAGUAGACAUGGAGGAAAUCGUAGUUGAAGAGGCCACUGAAAAAGUAGCAGAUGGAUCAGCUGAAGAAACAGCAGAUGAUAUCACUGGAUCAGUGGUCAGCGAACUGGUCUCCACACCGGAUGAUGUCUCUGCAGAGGAAGCAAGAGUCGAAGAGGCGAUAGAUGUAACAGUUGAAUUAACAAAAGAGGCUGUUGUGAGCACACUAGAGGACGAUUCUGAAGGUACUGAUGAUAGAGAAGAUGAGGCCUGGAUUGAGCUUGAAACGUCAGAAGCUACGGCAGAGCUAGUUAGAACGGUGAGUGAACUUGAGGCAUACGCUGUGGAACCGAACGAAGAAGAAAUUGGGGAAGAGCUCACCAUAGUGGUAGUAACACUUGAAUCAAAGGAUGAACUUUCAGAAGUGACCUGA